AUGACGAGACAUCCGUUUAUGGGAGCACUCGACAUUGAUCACUUCAUGAAUAAAUUACAAGAAGGCUCAUCAAGCGCAUUGCUGCUCGCAGCCAGGGAUAAAGACCUGAAGAGCUGCUUGAUGGCGCUGCAAACAUGCGGCGAGGAUCCGGAGGCCACCACCAAGUCCAAACUGACGCUGUUGCACUUCGCUGCAGUGAACCAGGAGCACGGCGUUGAAAUCUUUAAUCAUUUCAAGAAAAUCGUCCAGAUGAAAGAGGACAUUGACGGCGAGUGGCCCAUCCACUACGCCCUGAGGAAGGGCGACUUCCACUUUGCCACGUUGAUGCACAGGUCGGUCACCCAAGCUGCAGGAAGUGAAAACUUGGUACUUUUCUUCGUAACAAAAAAUAGUCUGGAUUUUGCCAAAUUUGUGUGUCUGAGGGAAGAAAAACUGAUUUAUGCGAUGGACUCGAUAAAAAGAGCCUUUCACUACGCGGCUCGUUUUGCCGGAAGGGAAAUGUGCGAGUGGCUCUGCGAACGGUUCCUCGACCCGAAUUUUUUGACAAAGAACAAAGAAUCGCCGCUCCACUUCGCCGCAAUGAAUAAAAAACACGGCGUAGAGCUCGUCAAGUUCUUCGCAUCUCAAGGUUUAAAUUUGGACCACAAAAACAAUUUAGAGAGGGCGCCGCUUCACUUUGCUCUUGAAGCCGAAAACCUGGACGUAGCGACGCAAUUGGUCGAAUCGGGCGCCAGCAUCACGAUCAAAAUCAGUGAGAGCAAAACCCUGAUGCAUUUUUGCGCCUACCAGGGCAGACUGGAAAGCGCCGAAUGGCUCCACAGUAGGAACAGAUUUCUGAUCAACGAAUUGUGCAAGGACAGGAUGACCCCUUUACACGUCGCGGCCAUGAAGGGUCACUUUAAUUUCUGCAAGUGGCUCGUAGUGCAAGCCCGGGAUAAAGAUCUGAAGACCUGCACGAGGCUGGUGAACGAAGGCGCAGAUCCAAAAGAAGUUUCAGAUUGCGGCCUGACGCUGCUCCACUUCGCCGCAAUAAACCAGGAUCACGGAGUGGAAAUCUACUCCUACUUCUACAACCUCAUUCUUGACCGUGAGGACGUCGACGGCGAAGAACCCAUCCACUACGCCCUGAGGAAGGGCGACUACAACUUCGCCGUAGAAAUGCUCAGGUUGCGGAAAGCGGGAGCAGACAACUUGCUGCAUUACUUCGUGAUGCACAACAAUCUGGACUUCGCCAAAUUGGUGUUGGAGAGGGACCCCGAUUUAAUCCGCUUCGUCGAUAAUCGCAGCAAAACCCUGCUGCACUUCGCGGCCCAGUACGCCAACAGGUCGAUGUGCGAGUGGCUCGUCGGGCAGAAGCUGGCCCCAGACGCCCAGAGCGACCGGGGAUCCACGCCAAUGCACUUCGCCAUGAGAAACCGACAGCACGGCGCAGAUCUCGCGUCAUUCUUCGCCUCCAAGGUGCCGAAAUGGAACAAGAUGAACAAGCAUGGUCUGACGCCUCUGCAUUGGGCCCUCCAGUACGAGAACCUCGAGGCUGCCACGCGGCUGCUCGAUUUGGGCUGCAGCAUUCGGAUCAUAACGAAAGAUAUGAAGAACCUUUUGCACUUUUGCGCCGAGAAGAAUAAACUGAAGAGUGCCAAACUGGUGCACCGCUGGGACGGAAAUCUGAUCGGGAAGACCUGCCUGGACGGGAUGACCGCCCUCCACUUUGCGGCUAAAAAUGGCGAUUGGGAGUUCUGCGACUGGCUCAUUGACUCGGGUGUCGACGUUGUCAAACUGGACAUUCAAGGUCGCUCGGCAUCCAAUUACGUGAAUAACGAGAACGAAGAACUGUAUGAUCUUUUAAUGGAAGCAGAGAAGAUACAACGAUCUUAA